AUGUUUUCUCCAUCCAGACCCGAGUGCUUCACCUGGCUUAGUCUACUGAUAACAGAAAGCAUCAUCAUAGUAACUUUCAAUGUCGUCACUAUAAUCAUUUUUAUGAGAAACCGCAGUCUACGCACACGUGGUAUGUACUUGGUGAUAAACUUAGCCGUUGCAGAUGCAAUGUCGGGGGGAUUUUCUGAGUGUAUGCUUUUUGUCUACCUUGGAGGAUGGUGUGACUUCUGGAAGUUCAACCUGACUGGGGACCGGCGAAAACUAUCUGUGGCUAUGGAACUGUUAUUUCCCGUUUCUUCCAUCUCAGGCAUAGUUGCGAUUUCUAUACAACAGCUGCACGCCAUAUUCCGUCCGUUUCAACAUCGCGUGGUCAAGAAGAGGGUGUACGGUGUAGCAAUUGCGAUUGUGUGGAUUGCAGCGGCAUUGAUAUCGACAUUGCAACAUCUCAAAAUUAAUUAUCUGACCCUUUGGAUAUCUUUCACUUCCAUUUGCCUCUUCAUUAUUUGCGUCUCUUACACUAUGACGGCUUUGAAAUUUUUUCGUGGAAGGAACGUUCAACACCAUGGUGCAUCUAUCAGGGACAGAAAACUGACCGUGACAUUGGUCAUUGUGACACUGGUAUCUUUACUUUUGUGGUUACCGUAUGUUAUAUGCUCUUUUCUUUUGAUCACUUCUGCCAACUUUCGCUCCCUGCCUGAUCAAUUACUCUUUCGUCUUAAUUUUUCAUUAAUUGUACUGUACUACGCAAACUCUCUUGUAAAUCCCAUUCUGUACGCGAUUCGAAUGCCAGAGUUCAAACGAGCAUUGAUUUCACUAUUGCGAUGUCAGGGAAACCAAGUAGCUGUAGCAGUUCUUGCUGCCCGAGGGAAU